CCAAAGGGCCUCUCACUUAGGAGCUUCUCUAUUCUGUCAGCUCUCCCGGAACAUCCAAGGCGAGACUGGCACCCAGGGCGCAGCAGUGACUGAUCACAUAACCCCCCACCCCGACCCCUCCCUAGGAACCAUGGAGUCCUUCAGUUCCAAGAGUCUGGUGCUACAGGCAGAGAAGAAGCUACUGAGUAAGAUGGCAGGGCGGUCUGUGGCUCAUCUCUUCGCGGAUGAGACGAGCAGUGAGGUGCUAGAUGAGCUCUACCGUGUGUCCAAAGAAUACACACGCAGCAGGCCCCAGGCCCAGCGGGUUAUCAAGGACCUGAUCAAGGUGGCGGUCAAGGUGGCUGUGCUGCACCGCAGUGGCUGCUUCAACCCCAGCGAGCUGGCCCUGGCAACCCGCUUUCGCCAGAAGCUGCGGCAGGGCGCCAUGACAGCACUCAGCUUCGGGGAGGUGGACUUCACCUUCGAGGCCGCCGUGCUGGCCAGCCUGCUGACCGAGUGCCGGGACGUGCUGCUGCAGCUGGUGGAGCGCCACCUCACGCCCAAGUCCCACGGCCGCAUCCGCCACGUGUUCGAUCACUUCUCUGACGCCGGCCUGCUCACGGCCCUCUACGGGCCUGAUUACACCCAGCACCUGGGCAAGAUCUGCGGCGGGCUCAGGAAGCUGCUGGACGAGGGCAAGCUCUGAGAGUCCCAGCCCCAGCACGCUCCUUCUUGGCAGAAUGGCUGACUGAGAAAACUACACACACCAGGCUCCUAACCCUGCGCCUCUGCACUAAUGCUUUUCAAUCCUCAGGCUUCAGUCUUUCCCAAGAGUGCGUGUGACUCUGAGACUACCCCACCCCCAAACUCCUGGUGGAGAAGAAGCAAUGCUGAGGGUUGAGGCCUCUCUUCCCACUCCAGCCCCAAGACCGGAAACAAAGCUGCCUGAAAAAGACGAAGUGAAACUUGGAUCUCUGUUUUCCCUGCAAAGGGCCUUUCAAACAGGGAAGCCCCCUCACCUCAGAACCAGGGUAAGAGGACAUAGCCCAGCUAACUCUUCUGGGGACACUAAAGACAGCUGGGGGGAAGGGGACCCUGAGAGACAUUCUAGAUCUGAAGGUCUGCAGAGUCUGGAGGGAUCCCAGAGGCUCUGCUCCAGAGGGCAGGAAGAAGGGGCUAGGGCAGGGGAGAGUCUCACAGAGGAAAUAAAACUAUUAAAACAUG